AUGGCCUAUGUUGGCCAAUUACAAUCGUAUAACAAUAUACUUAGUCAGGAAAACGACGGCUUGCGUCACCGACAUUCAUCUGACCUUCAAGAUAUCGAAUUUGAAGAGGAUCAACGACCAACAAAGCGUAGGAAAGGAAAAAAUCUUGUGCGCGAUUCUGAAGAUGAAAUGGAAGUAGAUGAAGAAGAAGCUAGGGCCGAGAUGAAGACGAUUCUAAAAACUUUUUUAAUUGAACUAGAAUUAAAAUACGAUGAAAAGUUUACCAGUGAGUUAAAUGAUGAAAUUCUUCAACAGGUUAUACCUCAACUAAUUGAAGCGAUGAAGCCAAGGUAUACUCCACGAUACAGGCAAGUCAAGUCUUGGCUCUUCGCUUUACAUAAAUAUCGCAGAGUGCGCUUGUUAUAUAAACAAUGCGGCACUUUAAACAAAGAUAAUCGCUGUUUACAUCGAAAUAAUCGGUUAAAUGAGUAUUCUGAAUCGGAUGAAGAGCAACCAGAUGGUAAAAGACAUAUCAAUAUUUAUAAUCUGUCUUGA